CGGUGUUGUUGUUGCGCGCGGAUGAAAUAAAAAAGAAAAACGAAACAACGGCGCUUGCGGCCGCGCUCGUGAUUUAUCCUGUUUUUUUCUUGCAAAUCUUAAAACAAAUUCGCCUGCUUUUUCCGUUUAAUUUCGUGUAAACUAAAGACGCUGCGUGGGCGUGUGUGCGUGUGAGUUUGUGUCUCGUGUGAUUUAUUUGUGGCUCCUUUUGCCUGCUACAGUAAAUACUCGGUUACGCGCUCUGCACUUUGUAAGUGGUUGAGCCCCCACCCCUCUUGAAAAUUGUGCGUGAAAAUGUGGGCGAAACGUGAGCGAUAGAGCAAGGUCCGUGCAAAAGUGUCUGGCAAUGUCCAUCAGUGUCCGUGAUUUGAGCCAAGUUUAAAGACAACAACAGCGAAAAAAUACGAAGUAAAGGCGGCAACAGCAGCGACCCCCCUCCUUCUUGACCCCCCCGAAUAACAAAAACAAUCAAGACGACGUCGAAGAAGAAGCAACAGCAGCCGCAGCGGCCGAAGACGAGCAGCAUGUUCAAGUGCAUUCCCAUCUUCAAGGGCUGCAACCGGCAGGUGGAGUUCGUGGACAAGCGCCACUGCUCCCUACCGCAGGUACCUGAGGAGAUCCUGCGCUAUUCGCGCACCCUGGAGGAGCUCUUCCUGGACGCCAACCACAUUCGAGACUUGCCCAAGAAUUUCUUCAGAUUGCAUCGCCUGAGAAAGCUGGGACUGAGUGACAAUGAAAUUGGCCGCCUGCCGCCGGAUAUACAAAACUUUGAAAAUCUCGUCGAGCUCGAUGUUUCACGCAAUGACAUACCCGACAUUCCCGACGACAUCAAGCAUCUGCAGAGCUUGCAGGUGGCCGACUUCAGCUCGAACCCGAUACCCAAGCUGCCCUCGGGCUUCUCCCAGUUGAAGAACCUGACCGUCCUGGGCCUCAACGACAUGUCGCUCACCACAUUGCCGGCGGACUUUGGCAGCCUCACGCAGCUGGAGUCUUUGGAGCUACGCGAGAAUCUGCUCAAGCAUCUACCGGAGACGAUAAGUCAGCUGACGAAGCUGAAGCGUUUGGACUUGGGCGACAAUGAGAUCGAGGAUCUGCCUCCCUAUCUGGGCUACCUGCCGGGUUUGCAUGAGCUUUGGCUGGAUCACAACCAGUUGCAGCGUCUGCCGCCAGAGUUGGGACUGUUGACCAAACUGACCUACCUCGAUGUGUCCGAGAAUCGGUUGGAGGAGCUGCCCAGCGAGGUUAGCGGGCUGGUGAGCCUUACGGAUCUGGAUCUGGCACAGAAUCUGCUGGAGACCCUGCCCGAUGGCAUUGCCAAGCUGAGCAGGCUGACCAUCCUAAAGCUGGACCAGAAUCGUUUGCAACGGUUGAACGAUACGCUCGGGAACUGCGAGAAUAUGCAGGAGCUGAUACUCACAGAGAACUUCCUGUCCGAGCUGCCGGCCUCCAUUGGCCAGAUGUCGAAGCUGAGCAAUCUGAAUGUGGAUCGCAAUGCCCUGGAAUACCUGCCCCUGGAGAUUGGUCAGUGCUCCAAUCUGGGCGUGCUCAGUUUGCGCGAUAACAAGCUGAAGAAGCUGCCCCCAGAGCUGGGCAACUGCACUGUUCUCCAUGUGCUCGAUGUGAGCGGGAAUCAGUUGCUGUAUCUGCCCUACUCACUGGUGAAUCUGCAGCUGAAGGCCGUGUGGUUGUCGGAGAAUCAGUCGCAGCCGCUGCUCACCUUUCAGCCGGAUGUGGAUGCGGAGACGGGGGAGCAGGUGCUGUCCUGUUACCUGCUGCCCCAGCAGGAAUAUCAGCCCAUUACACCAGACUAUCCACCCAUGACGCUUUAUAGAUCGAGCGAAAAAUUCGAUUCGACGGAAUUCUUCAGUUAUCAGCAGAAAGCCCGCGAUCUGGAGUCUGAUUCGGAGCCGUUCGAGGAGCGUGAGCCUUCGCGCACCGUGGUCAAGUUCUCGGAGGAUGCCAGCCAGGAGAAGGACACACCUUUCGUGCGCCAGAAUACGCCGCAUCCCAAGGAUCUCAAGGCCAAGGCCCAGAAGCUGAAGGUGGAGCGCAGUCGGCACGAGGAGCACGCCAAUCUGGUUGCUCUGCCAGAGGAGAAUGGAACCAGAAUAGCCGAGGCACCAACCGAGACCCGAACACUGGUGAACAAUCAUCAACAACAGGGUCAGUCAGUGCAGCAACCAGCUGUUGGUGUAAACUCCAAGCAGCCAGCGGUGGUGGGUGUUGUUACACCAACGACAACGACAGCAGCUCCAGCAACCAUACAGGGUGCCCCGGAGGCGGCAUCCAGCAAUGUAAAGGCAGCCACAGCUGCGGUUGUUGCUGAACUAACAGCCGCUGUGGCAACAACUUCCGCCGCUGAAGAGACUCAGGUUGAUGAGGAGCAAGAAGAUGAGUUUGAAUCCGAUCGCCGUGUGGGCUUUCAGGUAGAGGGCGAAGACGAUGACUUUUACAAGCGGCCACCCAAAUUGCACAGAAGGGACACUCCGCAUCAUUUGAAGAACAAACGUGUGCAGCAUUUAACUGACAAGCAGGCCAGCGAGAUUCUGGCCAACGCUCUGGCCUCCCAGGAGCGCAACGAUGCCACGCCGCAGCACUCGCUUUCCGGCAAAGUGCAGUCGCCCAUCGAGGAGGAGGAGCAGCUGGAACUGGAGAGGGAGCAGGACCAACAGAAGCAGCAGCAUCCCUUUGAUGCAUCACUCUCGCCCAUUCCGGCCAGCGGCAAAACGGAAGCUGGCACCGAGCAAGACAACUUGGACGGCGUCACGGAACUCCGCUUGGAGCAGUAUGAAAUCCACAUUGAACGCACGGCAGCCGGUCUGGGUCUUAGUAUUGCCGGUGGCAAGGGCUCUACCCCAUUCAAGGGCGACGAUGACGGCAUCUUCAUAUCCAGGGUCACCGAAGCCGGACCCGCUGAUCUGGCCGGCUUGAAGGUGGGCGAUAAGGUGAUCAAGGUCAAUGGCAUAGUCGUUGUCGAUGCGGAUCAUUAUCAGGCUGUGCAAGUGCUAAAAGCCUGCGGUGCCGUCUUAGUACUGGUUGUACAGCGUGAGGUGACGCGCCUGAUUGGACAUCCUGUGUUCAGUGAGGAUGGCAGUGUGUCGCAGAUAUCGGUGGAGACGCGACCCCUGAUGGCUGAGGAACGUUACAACCCGGCAUCUAUGGAGCAGCAGCAGCCACAACAAUAUAUUCCGCAGCAGCUUCAGCAACAGCCACAACCUAUUCCACAGCAGUUGCAGCAGCAGCAGCAUGUUGCACCCACGCACAGCUAUUCGGGCAACGUGUUCGCCACACCCACGGCCAACCAGAUUGCAGAGCCUGCUGUGACAACAGCACCCAAUGGUUUGCUGCUCAACGGCAAGGAGGCUCCGCUGAGCUUCAUCCAGCUGCACACGACGCUCAUCCGCGAUCAGAUUGGCCAGGGACUGGGCUUCAGCAUUGCGGGCGGCAAGGGCUCGCCGCCUUUCAAGGACGACUGCGAUGGCAUUUUCAUAUCGCGCAUCACCGAGGGCGGUCUGGCCCAUCGCGACGGUAAAAUCAUGGUGGGCGACAGGGUCAUGGCGAUUAACGGCAACGAUAUGACGGAAGCGCAUCAUGAUGCCGCAGUGGCCUGUCUGACGGAACCGCAGCGUUUUGUACGCCUCGUUUUGCAGCGGGAGUAUCGAGGUCCCCUGGAGCCGCCGACGAGUCCGCGUAGCCCAGCAGUGCUCAAUUCGUUGAGUCCCUCUGGAUAUCUGGCCAAUCGACCAGCUAACUUUGGCCGAACAGUGACUGAGCAUGUCGAGCAGCCGUACAAGUACAAUACCCUGGCUACUAGCACUGCCACACCCACUGCACCCACUGUUGUUGUGCCGUCUAGCAUUAGCAACAACAGCACGCUGCCCAGCAGCAAAACAAAUGGAUUCCCAGCUGCUGCCACGAUAGACAAAGCCACUGGGCAACCGGUGCCCGCUCCAAGACGCACCAACUCUGUGCCCAUGGGCGAGGGUAGCGAUGCAGCGGCCUCCACGGCCAGCGGUGAUUCUGGGGAGGCUCAGCCCUCCUCGUUGCGCCCGCUGACCAGCGACGAUUUUCAGGCGAUGAUUCCGGCCCACUUCCUCAGCGGCGGCAGUCAGCAUCAGGUGCACGUGGCCAGGCCCAACGAGGUGGGCGUGAGCGCCGUCACGGUGAACGUGAAUAAGCCGCAGCCGGAUCUGCCCAUGUUCCCGGCGGCACCCACCGAACUUGGCCGUGUCACCGAGACGAUCACCAAGUCCACGUUCACGGAGACGGUGAUGACGCGCAUCACCGACAAUCAGUUGGCGGAGCCCCUAAUCAGUGAGGAGGUUGUGCUGCCCAAGAACCAGGGCUCCCUGGGCUUCAGCAUCAUCGGUGGCACGGAUCAUUCCUGCGUGCCUUUUGGCACUCGAGAGCCAGGCAUUUUCAUAUCGCAUAUUGUGCCCGGCGGGAUUGCCUCGAAGUGCGGCAAGCUGCGCAUGGGAGAUCGCAUACUGAAAGUCAACGAUGCGGAUGUGUCCAAGGCCACGCACCAGGAUGCCGUGCUGGAGCUCCUAAAGCCGGGUGAUGAGAUAAAGCUGACCAUUCAACACGAUCCCCUGCCGCCAGGUUUCCAGGAAGUGCUCCUCAGCAAGGCGGAGGGCGAACGUCUGGGCAUGCAUAUCAAGGGCGGCCUGAAUGGGCAGCGCGGUAAUCCAGCCGAUCCCUCCGACGAGGGUGUGUUCGUGUCCAAAAUCAACUCGGUUGGAGCAGCCAGACGGGACGGAAGGCUUAAGGUGGGAAUGCGUCUCUUGGAGGUCAAUGGACACUCGCUGCUUGGCGCCUCACACCAGGAUGCGGUCAGUGUGCUCCGCAAUGCCGGCAACGAGAUCCAAUUGGUGGUCUGCAAAGGCUACGACAAGUCCAACUUAAUUCAUUCCAUUGGCCAGGCCGGCGGCAUGAGCACUGGCUUUAACUCGUCUGCAUCCUGCAGCGGUGGCAGUCGCCAAGGUUCGCGUGCUUCAGAGACCGGUUCGGAGCUGAGCCAGAGUCAGAGUAUAUCCAGUCUGGACCACGACGAAGAGGAGCGGCUGCGACAGGACUUCGAUGUUUUCGCCUCGCAGAAGCCAGAUGCACAGCCAACGAGCCAAACGGGCCUGGCAGCUGCUGCGGCCCUGGUGCACGGAGGAGCUACCUCGCCCACGCCUACGCCAUUGCCCACGCCAGAGGCUUCCGCUGAUUUAGCAGCAGCACCGGACACGCCAGCCGCACAGACCGUGGCGCUCAUUCACGCGGAACAGGCUCAGUCGCAGGCCCACGCCCAGGCCCAGCUGGCGCCGCUGGGUCAGGAGAAGAGCACCCAGGAGAAGGUGCUGGAAAUUGUACGCGCGGCUGACGCCUUCACGACCGUGCCGCCAAAGUCGCCAUCGGAGCACCCCGAACAGGACAAGAUACAGAAGACGACGACGGUGGUUAUAUCGAAGCACACGCUCGACACGAACCCAACUACCCCGACGACGCCGGCAGCCCCGCUACCCAUCGGGGCGGCUGUGGCCGAGUCAGCGACCCCGUCGGCAUCCGCUCCAGCCCAGGUCGCCAUUCCCGCUGUGGCCGUGCAGACGCAAACGAAGGAUGGAGAAGACGCCGACGAGCAGGCCCCACAGCAACGAGGCACCCAGACACCGGAUCGCCUGGCCCCGGGAUCUCGCUAUUCCUACCAGCAAAUGCUGGAGAGCCAGGAGGAAAGCCGAAGCUCAGGAAAAUCACAAGGCAACCAACAGUCGAAACCCAAAAAGGCAGAGCCCGUGUACAUAAUCGAUGACGACGAUGAUGAUGAUGACGAUGAUGAGGCAGACUCCCAGAAGCUAGAUGACAUUGAUGCCAUUCAGGAGGAGGACGAAGAAGAGGAUACCGAAAGCUCUCCACCCUUUGACCUGCAGUCACCACCCUCUUAUGCAGACACCGAUUCCGAUUGCUUUGACCGCCGCCGUGGACGCUACACGAGCGACUCAGAGAGUGACUAUCGACCGUACAAGCCCUCAAGAUCGGGACGCAGCACCCCGGAGUACGGAGGGCAUCGCAAGUCCGUCAGCUUCGACCUCAGCGGUGAUGAGCGUUCCAGAUCAGAUUAUGAGCGAUCCCGUUCCCGAACCCCCGAUGGCUACACGCGUGCCUACGACUCGGAGCAGGACACCCGGGGAAGUGGAAGGAACCGCCUUCCACGCAAAGGAAUCCUGCGGGCCACCAGUCCCUGCUCCACUCUCGAAAAACCCGAGCCCAUUGUGCCUGCCGUGGCGCGUAUCCGAGACGUGGAGUCUCCCAAAUUGCAGCGUGUUUCGCGAGCCACUUCACCGGAUCCACCUGGGGAAUUGGACCGGGAGAAUCCCUUCCGGCAUCCCGCAGCUGAGGAUGAUGAGUACACGCGGAUAGCCAAGGCAGUGAGCAGGUCACCGCGCUCACCACGUUCCACCCGGGAGCAGUUCUUCUUUGGCUCCUCGCGAUCCAGCGAGGAUCUACUGGAGCAGUCGCAGUCGCAGUCCAGUGGCCGCAGCACACCCAACACAGUGAUUUCCAAGUCCACCGAGAGCCUGACGGGCACCCGUCCAAAGGUACCGCCGCCUACGGCGCCGAAACCGCAACUCAAGAAGGCGGACCUGGUGCGAAACGUGGCGCUGGAGACUUUCCAGGCCAGCGAUGUGGGUCAGGGCGACUUUACGGUCUUCGAGCACGACGCCAGCACGAAUACGAUCCAUCCCGUGGAGGCCAAGCUGCCCGUUAGGGUGGUGACCAAGGCGACAACAAAGCCACCCAGUCGCCCGAGGGAGUCACCGCCGCCGCCGCCUGUGAACUAUGCCACCCUGCCGAGCAAGGUCCCGGGAACGCCCACUUUGCGGGAGGAGGAGUCGCUAUACAUGGAGGCGCUGCCACCCACGCCCUCACAGCUCCGCCCCCAUGAGUUUGUGCACGAGAACUCGCCUGACAAUAUUCUGGUGUCGCCCCAGGAGCACCGCGAGUAUCUGCUAAGGGAGAACGAGCUGAGGAACCAGCUCCGCGCCCCCUACGAACCGGCGCCGCCCAUUCCAAUUGUGAGCAGCGGAUACUCGCUGCUGGUCGCCGGGUCGCCCGCAAACAUCUUUCCCACGGCCCAGAUACUGCCCGUGCAGUAUGCCAGUCUGCCGCAACCGCAGCAGCCCAACACGCUCACCCUCAAGUCCGCUUCUCCCUCUGGCUCUGGUACCCCUUCCCCUGCCACUGGCCCCUCUCCCGCCACCAGUGCCGGGCCCCUUUUUAACCUGGUCCUUUUGCCUGGCGACCAGCUGGGGGGCAACAGCUCCUCGCCGGCCGUUCUCUACCUGCAACCGUCCCAGUUACCGUCAACACCUGCCAGCAGGGAUGAAGCAGAACAACAGCAACAGCAGGAGCAGGAGCUCCAGGAGGCCACCAUCACCACAAAGCCAACACCGAGUAAAGUGCCUAAAUCGGUUUCCGAUAAAAAACGCUUCUUCGAGUCAGCCAUGGAGGAUCAACACAAGCCCACACAAAAGACAGAGAAAGUUUUCUCAUUCCUGUCAAAGGACGAAGUCGAGAAGCUGCGACAGGAGGAGGAGCGCAAGAUUGCAACACUGCGCCGUGAUAAGAAUUCCAGAUUAUUGGAUGCCGCCAACGACAACAUUGACAAGGACGAUGUCCGUCGCUCCGACGAUAAGCGCCCCGAUAAUAGCAACACCAAAAGCGCCGAGUAUGAUAAUGAUGACAGCGACCAGGAGGAACAGGAGCAGGAUGAGGAUGAUGCCGCAGCAGCUCACGCUGAUGCAAUCGACAAUGCCACUGCCGCCGCUCUGGGGCACUUUGACGAGGCGGAGGACAUGAGAACCGCACAAAGUCUGGCGACGACAACAACAAGCCCGCUGUCGCCACACGCCCCCAGCAAAAUACCCAAGCAGAAGCAGCAGCAGCAGCAACGGAAGGCGAAGCCCACUUUGAUUCCUGAUCCUCCCAAGCCCUCGCUGCUGCCCAAGCCAAAGGUCAAGGUUGUCAUACCGCCCGCCCUGCAGCAGCGUCUUAAGCAACAGCAGCAGGAGCAGCAGGAAGAGCCCACCAUACCGGAAGAGCAGCAACAAGAGCCUCAGCUGGAGCAGGAACCUCAGCUUCUGCCUGAGCCUGAGCUUGAGCCCGAGCUCGAGCCCACUGCCGGUGGCAGUCGCAUCCCCAUAAGAACCCUGAAAGCCGAACGCCGCGUCCUGGCCUCGGCUGCCCGCCAAUCCGGACUCAGUGUGGAGGAGUAUCUCCGGCAGCUGGAGGCGGCGGAUUCGGAGCUAUCGCCCAACUCGCCCACCACGCCCACCGGCAAGAGCCGGGCCAUGAUUAAUGCCGAGAAGCGCGCUUCCUGGCGGGCAGCUCGCCUGCGGUCGCUGGAACAGGGCGCCGUGGAGGCCCAGGAUGUGAUCAAGAAUAUGCGCAAGAUGACCGACGAUCUGAUCACCCACGAGGCCAAGGCCAGCGAGGUGGAGACCUGCAAGGAGCGCAUCAUUUCCUUGGAGCUUCAGGUGCCCGAACCGGAGGAGGGCACCCUAGACGACACGCAGCCGCCGCUGGAACUGCAACUCGAGGUGGGUGAUUUUGGAGACGAUGAUGAAGACGACUUCCAGGAUGAGGAAGAUGACUUUGACGAGGACGAUGAGGAGGAAGAGGAUACCGCCUCCAUUGUGACCGUGCAGGCAAACAACGAGAAGCUGUUCCUGCGACACGACUCCGAUGCCUACGGCCCCUCGUCCAUCGAGAGUGUGUCCUCCGGUAAGGUUCGCAUCAAGCCCACGCCCCUUUCCCUCCACCAAACCCUGGCCAAGGAGACGACCAUUGUUGAGGUUCUAAAUCCUGUUAUCGGAGGCGAUGGCAGUGCGCGCACCAUCCAUGUGAGCGGCGGUGCGCCCUUUGACCACGACGAGGACGACUUCGAGCAGGGUGGCGCUGUGGCCGUGUUCCGUAGCGAAACCUUCGUUUUGCCUGACGCCGCCGGCAGUGGCAGGACUGAGUUGUCAUUAAAUGCGAAAAUGAAAACCGUGCUCGAGGAGCUGCUGGAAAACGAGCGCGUCAAAUUGAAUUUGCAGAAGAGCCUCGAGGAGGAUGACGAAGAGGAGGAGGGUAGCAGUGCCUAUGGUGAUGCGCGGGACGAUGAGCGGGACGACGAGGAGAGCGCCUACGGCGAUGCCAUUGACGAUGUGGUUGACUUUGGCGGGGCCACGGUCACGAGCCGCGCAUCUAAUGAGCAGGACGAUGCCAAGAACGGCAAUCAGCAGCUGCUCGAGGAGCUGAUAAAGGACAGCAACCGCAACACAAUCAUUGCUAAAUUGGCUGGCCAGUUGUCCGACGAGGAUGAAGAGGACGAUGACGAGGAGGAGGAGGAGAGCAGUGACUCCUCCGACGAGGACAGCGACGACUCCGACGAGGAAGACAAUGCUGCGGAGCAACUGAAUGUCACCUAUGUGCAGGGCGCCCAGGUGAUCGAGAAUCUCAACACGCUGGCCGCGGGCAGCAAGCUGCAAAAGUCGCAAACAUACACGGCCAUCCAGCAUCAGGCAGAGGAGGAGGAGGAGCAACCACAAGACCCUAGGGAAUCUGAAAAGGACUCCAAACUGGAGCCAGAAGCAGCACCUUCUUGCGGUGCCGAAACCCUGGCCCAACUGCAGGCCGAGCAGCGAGCCCUGGCCGAGAUCUCAAAGCAGCUGCGCAAGUCUGUCGAGGAUUUGCUCGGCGUCGAUGGCAGCACCGUGGUGGAGACACAGCGCACCUACACGCUGCCCGCUGCCAGCGACAGCUCCGCCGUGGUCACCGUCACCGAGGUGGUUAAGAAGCAAAAGAAAAAGAAUCACAAGGGCGAAUCCGGGGAGGCUAUAUUCAAUCGGCUGCUGAGCGGUGGGGAGGCGGAGCGCCAGAUCUUUGACCGGCAGCAGGGUGAGACCAUUACGACGACCACCACCACCACGGAGGCUGUGAGUGCGGCGGACAAUGAGCCGAGCAGCAGUGUGGUGACCACCACACGGACAGUGUCCAAUAUUGUGACCAGUGGCAUACCCCGGCCAGCGGAGACCACCAAACAGGGUAGCAACCGCAACAGCAACAGCAGCAGCAGCAACAAUAACCGCAGCAAGAACAAGCGUAAGGGGAAAAAGAAGUAGGCAGCAGCUGGCAGGAAGUAGGAUAGAGCAGCGACAUUGCGUAUACGCCGUGUGGUGGGUAUGUGAUUCAAGCAAAGCAGGCGAAACCCUAACACGCACACACAUAUCAGAAGGUCCUUUAAUAUAGCCACUAAUUAUAUAUACAUAUGUAUGAUAUUCGCAUAUAUGCAUUGAUGAUAUUUUGUAAUUAAUUGUGCAAAUAACGUUUGUCCCCCAGCAUUUACAAAACCCAUUUGUUACUAAUCAUGAAAGUGUGUCUGCGCAUUAAAACAAAAUAUUUUCAUUGCAAAUUAAAAACCAAUCGAGAUGGGACAACAGUAGCUGUAAAUUUAAUGUUGAGCAGCAACCACAAAGCACAAAUCGCCACCCAAACCCAUCGGAAUUUAAAUUAACAAACGAAAACAAAAACGAGAAAACGAACGAGAGAAGGAACAAAAAAACAAAAAUCUUAUUUAAUUGAAUUAAAUAAUUUCACUUUGUUUGCAUUUAACUAUCAUUUGCAUAAAGCAUCUGGUUUUUCUCCAUCAUCCUGUUUUUUUCCGAAAGGGCUUCGCUUAAUUUCCGCAAAUUAAAUUUACGUUUUAUGUUCUAGCACAAAAAGUAGAAGCAAAAUGCAAAAUGCAAAGGCAAUACCGAGCCGAAGUAUUCACGAUGAUCCAUCCGAAAACCUUGAACCAACUCUAAGCAUUCCGACUGCCCGCAUUUUGGGGCUAUUCUCCCUAGUUUUAGCCAUAAGCAAACCCCGGAAACUAAACCCGAUUCGAACCGAAACGAAUAGAGCGAACGAGCGAGCGAGCGGAGAACAUAAAUCAAAUAAUCGUAAAUAAUGUAGUUAGAGUGUGUAAGUGCGUCCAGUUGUAAUCCUUAGUAUAUGUAACACAAUGCAUAAGCACAACUAUGACAAAUGUCCUCGGGCGAUUUCAGUUUCCACUUUUAUACAAAUGUAAAAAUAUAUAUUUACAAGCAAUUUUAUGUAAUACCAACCUAUGAUAUUUAGUGUGUAAAUUCGCCAACACUGAGAUGCGAAUGAAAAAUAAAUAAAUUGUAUGCAUUUUU